CUCUUUUCUUCUGGCGCUGUAUUGAACUUAGCGGUUGUACUUGGGUGUUUUCAGUGUCGCUUUUGCAACAAUGUCAGCUGAACGUCUUGCUAAAGUCCCAGAGGUGGAUUUAGACCCCAACGGGGUCUUUAAAUACGUCCUCAUUCGCGUUCACAGCAAAGACGACGAUUCAUAUGUUGAUAUAGUGAGAGGAUACGCGUGGGCCGAAUAUCACGCCGAUAUCUAUGACCGUGUUUCUGGUGAACUGGAGAGAGCUGGAGGAGUGGACUGUGAGUGUCUCGGAGGAGGACGAAUCAAACAUGACCAGGACGCAAAGAAGAUCCACGUCUACGGUUAUUCCAUGGGAUUUGGCAGAGCAAAGCAUUCGGUUUCCACAGAGAAGAUAAAAACUCAUUAUCCAGAUUAUGAAGUGACCUGGGCGGAUGAAGGGUAUUGAGUGGGUUUACAUGGGGUACAUAUGACAGCCCAAUAUGAGGACAGUGUACUGCGUUGGACUCCUAAUGUGCCAAGACUGAGAAAGAACAGAACUUUAAUGUGUUUCAGAUCUGGUUGGAUAAAAUGUUUACUUAAAAGCUUGAGGAGAGGUCAUCCUCAUUUUGUUUGGUUUUUAACUUAAUGUGUAGAUUAACACAUGACAACAAAGAGAGAAAAAGCACCGGUUAUUAAUUCAUCUUUGAAUGGCAAAAUAUAGGAAAUGGUGAAAUAAAAGGGUAUUGCGGUUUAUUGAAGUUUAAGGGCUUAAACACUGAAAGAAAAUGCAGCGAUGACAUCCUGAAAAAAAAAAAAAACGUCUAGAUAUCCAAAUGUUUGCAUACAGUCAGAAAGUAUUUGGAGAUUCAAAGCUUUUAAACAAUUGAUUCCAAAUGAUUCACUGAAUUGAAGCGUUCAAAACACCCAAUUCUAGCGACAUCUGCUGGACAAAACCAUGUAAUUGCAACCAAAAAACUCAGAAUAAAUAUGGAUUAAGUUUGGCUUUUUCAAACACACUGAAAUUAAACCCUAUCAAAUGAACUUAGCUUAGCAUCCUGUAUCAUUAAAUAUUAAGCGUCUGUAUAAUAUGCGUUCUUUUAUCAAUUCUGUUUUAUGGCUUGAUCCAUUGUGGGUUCUUAUGAACAGGACAAUGUAAACAGAGAGUAUUAACUAAUGUUUUCUUUUUUUUU